UUUGAAUUUUAUUUCGUUGUCUGUUUCUUUUCUUGUUUCCAUUUUCUACCAGAUUUCUUCUAUUGCUUAAUUUUAUGUGCUUUACGUCAAUUUUGAAUUGUGUUUAUCAUGAAUCAGGUCACAUAAAUUAAGAAUAAUUCGGUUCAGAACUUUAAUUUCCUUGAAGGGCUUGAUUAAUUUCUUUUUAACUUAAAACCCUUUCUUUUUUUAGCCAAAUAACCCUUUUUAGUAACAGAGAAAAAAAAUGGGCUUUUUAGUUAUACUAUAGAAAUUUACCAACAUUUGGACGGUUUAAUUUUACUUUGGUUCCUUGAUUUAACAGAAAGAGGUGAAAUUUAUGAUAAGACAACCACUAAUUGAGCUUUGCUUGUUUAAUUUUUAUUGUAAUGAUGGCAAAACUGCUGCACAUGAAUUCGAGAUUUGCAGCUGGCAUGUGUUUGUCAGAGCUGCCGGAUUCAUUUACACGCAAGUGGUACUUUAGCAGAGAAGAAAUUGAGAACCAUUCUCCAUCGAGGAAGGACGGGAUCGACCUUGGAAGAGAGGAGCAGUUGCGAAAGACGUAUUGUUUGUUUAUUCAAGAGCUUGGGAUGAAGCUUAAAGUGCCUCAAGUGGCUAUAGCAUGUGCAAUGAUGCUGUGCCAUCGGUAUUACAUGCGUCAAUCUCACGCAAAGAAUGAUUGGCAGACUAUUGCAACUGUAAGCACAUUUCUUGCCGGCAAAAUAGAGGAAACACCAUGCUUGCUGCGGGAUGUUAUUGUUGUGGGCUAUGAAAUUAUCUAUAAACGGGAUCCUUCUGCUCCAGGAAGAAUCAGAAAGAGAGAAGUUUAUGAUAAGCAGAAGGAAUUGGUCUUGAUUGGGGAGAGGCUUUUGUUGGCAACAAUUGCUUUUGAUCUUGAUAUCCAACUCCCUUACAAGCCCCUUGUUGCAGCUGUGAAGAGAUUGGAAAUUUUUCCUAACCUCUUAAAAGUAGCUUGGAAUUUCGUGAAUGAUUGGCUUCGUACAACCUUGUGCUUGCAAUACAAACCCCAUUACAUUGCAGCUGGUUCCUUGUGUCUUGCUGCUAAAUUCCAAAAAGUAAAGCUGCCAAUGGAGAAGGGGAAAGUAUGGUGGUUGGAAUUUGAUAUUUCACCUAAACAAUUACAAGAGGUCACUCAGCAGAUGGUCAGGUUGUUAGAGCAAGACAAAAAACGAACUUUAUCAUCAAGACACGAGGGGGCCAGUCAUUCCAUUGCUUUAGCUGGAAAGGCAUUGAUCAGUGGCACGCAAUCAUGCACUUUGAGUGUGUCACUUGCCAAGAGUCAGUCAAGUGCUGAACCUGAGAAUAGCAAACUUAGCAAAUCUAUGAACAGUUGUGUCAGCCAAGUUAGUAUGGCACAAGUUUUUCCACAACGUACAAGUGAUAGUGGUGGAAGUAGUGUUGUUGAGAAUGGCAGUGACAAGGAUCAGCCAAGAACAGAGGUGUCUGACCAGAACCCAAGUUUUACAAUUGUUUCAUCACUGGCCUGUGGCAAUAAACAAGUCAGUGCAAAGGAAAGUUUACCAUGUCAAACCAGUGAUAGUGGUGCAAGUACUGUUGUUGACAAUGGUGAAGGCGAGUGUGAGAUAAGAACAGAGGAAUCUGGCCUGAACCCAAGUGUUAAGAUUGUAUCUGUUCGAAAUACCUUUAGUAAGAGUGAUGCUGACAGGAUUAGAGAGAACUUGAAGAGGAGGAGAUGUGAUAGAGCUGCAAAUUUGAAGUAUGUGGAAGGCAGAGAUGAUGAGGUAGACAGUGAAGCCUGGAUAGAGAGAGAGCUGGAGACCGGAAUAGAGCUGGAAUCUGCCUUUUCCCAGAAGCGAAGGAGGGCAUUUUGAGGUUUUGAACAUGGGAGUAGUGCCUUGAUACUCACUAACUAGACAUCUUUUUACUUAGUGCAUCAAAGUGACCUUCCAUUGGCACAUUUAUGGCAUUACAAGAAAGACUACCUGAAUUUUGUUUCGCUCUUAGAAUGAUUAAUUAUUUCCAAUUUCUGGUACAAUAGAAUUAUUCCAGACAUUUUUGCGAUAAGUCUUAUUCAUAUUUUAGAUCAAUGAUGCAAGAAUCACAGCCAUUCUUUUGCGUGGAAUUGUAAAUGUACAGUUGUUCUACAAUUUAUUAGAAAAACAACAGAAAAGAUUCAUUGUUGGUCACUCUUCCUGACUCCAUUCCGUGAAAAUCCAGCGCAAGUAUUACAUUUCUUCUUGUUUCAUUUUGCUUUUUCAUUUUUUACAAUGGAAGUAAACACCUGGGUAAGUGUAUCAAAACUUGAAAGAAAUCUCUCUUUGGCUUUUAAUCUCAGCUGCUCCUCUUUCAUUACGUACUUGAUAGUUAUACCAAGUAGCCAGAAAGAGAC